CUUACUUCUACUGUAGCCUACCUGAGAUCGCACUACAAGCACCAUGGACAUCAGUGCUGCGAUUUUAAUAAUUGGCUUUGCUGCAGUGAUUGCAGCCUUCCUCCUUCUGGUAAUUGGUCUAGUGUACUCUGAGAUGAUGAAUUCAGACAUUCCUCAAGGGGUUGCAAAUCGAGGGAAACUGCAUGUAGUUCAUGGCUUGUUUGUUGGCAUAGCAAUUGUGGUAAGUAUCUAUGGAAUUGUUAGUGCUUAUUAUUUUAUGUUGAAUGCAAGUCAAAUCAUGUUCAAGUCUAUGUAGGAAUAAUUAAUUUAUCUUACUCCUUGGUGAAAAGAAAAACAUGCUUGUACUUGAAUACUAAAAGAGAACUCUGCUCUUUAAAAGAUGCUUGUCCUUUCUCUGUAAUCUAAACACUGAUAAAGCGUCAAUGGUGUAGAUAAGAGAACAGGUCUGAAUAAAUGAUGAAAAGCCAAAGUCUUUCAGGCGUUCCAUUGUUUGGGUAAGGACAUACCAGCAGAGUUUCACAGUACUAGCUAUAGAGUGGUGAGGAGGAGGAGUCUACCGUGUCCAGAAGCAACUUUACCAUUCAUUUUCGGGAUUCAGGUUCACUCAAACAUCGUUUUAAGCUUUGUUUUACUAUUGACAGUUACAGCUGAUUUCGGGACUGUAUAUCGAUUCGGUCUCCUUAAAUAUUUGUCAUUGAUUUAGUCGUUUCAGUCUCUGAAUUGUUUAAUCAAACUUUUCACCUCCAGCUCCUGAUAUCAGGGCAUAAGAACUUAAAUCUGUGUCCUGAAUUAGCCUAGUGUGCAUGUGCGCCCAGCUACAGUAUAUGCUCGAGCUUGUAUUCCCCGGAUUUCCCUGGCUAAACUAGCUGGCUAGCUGAACUAUGCUAGUUUUCGUCCUCAUUGCCAAACUUCAUAAAUACUGUAACUAAUAAAUUAGCUGGAAAGAAACUUGAAAAUGAUUUAUUUUUUGUUUGAAUAGUCAUGAAUGGUUCGAGCCAUUUGUCAUGUCGUAAGACAACGACGGUGAAGGAUAUCAUUGACACUUAAUGCGGAUCCAAGUUCAGUUUUGAGAUCUACCGGCAUCAUUGGCGUAGGGUUAGCUGGACAUUUCUGAAUCGUCUUGGAACUGUGACAACGGGCAUCCUCUCUCAACUUGGCUCGAUGGGAUAUGUAGUGAUUUUGCCAACACAGCCAGAUAUGGACACAGUCUUGUGCCCUUAACCUUUUCUAAAUGGACUAUCAUAUUUGUUGAUUAAAUCAGACAUUAUUUAUAUUAUUAUUGUUAUGUAAUUUUAUUAGUGGGUAGAUCAGCUUUAAUAUUGCAAAAUUAUUGUGGCUUGUAUUAAUCUAAUUGUCUGCAUCAUUUCCAAUCCCCCAUAUAUUUUUUGGGUAAAUAUAUACUGUUGAAGUCAGAAGUUUACAUACACCUUAGCCAAAUACAUUUAAACUCAGUUUUUCACAAUUCGUGACAUUUAAUCCUAGUAAAAAUUCCCUGUCUUAGAACAGUUAGGAUCACCACUUUAUUUUAAGAAAGUGAAAUGUCAGAAUAAUAGUGGAGAGAAUGAUUUAUUUCAGCUUUUAUUUCUUUCAUCACAUUCCUAGUGGGUCAGAAGUUUACAUACACUCAAUGCAGCAAAGCACCCCCACAGCAUGAUGCUGCCACCCCCGUGCUUCACGGUUGGGAUGGUGUUCUUCAGCUUGCAAGCUACCCCCUUUUUCCUCCAAACAUAAUGAUGGUCAUUAUGGCCAAACAGUUCUAUUUUUGUUUCAUCAGACCUUAGGACAUUUCUCCAAAAAGUACAAUCUUUGUCCCCAUGUGCAGUUGCAAACCGUAGUCUGGCUUUUUAAUGGCGGUUUUGGAGCAAUGGCUUCUUCCUUGCUGAGCAGCCUUUCAGGUUAUGUCGAUAUAGGACUUGUUUUAUUGUGGAUAUAGAUACUUUUGUACCUGUUUCCUCCAGCAUCUUCACAAGGUCCUUUGCUGUUGUUCUGGGAUUGAUUUGCACUUUUCGCACCAAAGUACGUUCAUCUCUAGGAGACAGAACGCGUCUCCUUCCUGAGCGGUAUGAUGGCUGUGUGGUCCCAUGGUGUUUAUACUUGCGUACUAUUGUUUGUACAGAUGAAUGUGGUACCUUCAGGCAUUUGGAAAUUGCUCUCAAGGAUCAACCAGACUUGUGGAGGUCUACAAUUUUUUUUCUGAGGUCUUGGCUGAUUUCUUUUGAUUUUCCCAUGAUGUCAAGCAAAGAGGCACUGAGUUUGAAGGAAGGCCUUGAAAUACAUCCACAGGUACACCUCCAAUUGACUCAAAUGAUGUCAAUUAGCCUAUUAGAAGCUUCUAAAGCCAUUUUCCAAGCUGUUUAAAGGCACAGUCAACUUAGUGUAUGUAAACUUCUGACCCACUGGAAUUGUGAUACAGUGAAUUAUAAGUGAAAUAAUCUGUCUGUAAACAAUUGUUGGAAGAAUUACUUGUGUCAUGCACAAAGUAGAUGUCCUAACCGACUUGCCAAAACUAUAGUUUGUUAACAAGAAAUUUGUGGAGUGGUUGAAAAACAAGUUUUAAUGACUCCAACCUAAGUGUAUGUAAACGUCCGACUUCAACUGUAUAUACUGAACAGAAAUAUAAACACAACAUGUAAAUAAAAGAUCCCAGAAAUUUUCCAUAUGCACUAAAAGCUUAUUUCUCUCAAAUUUUGUGCAGAAAUUUGUUUACAUCCCUGUUGGUAAACAUUUAUCAUUUGUCAAGAUAAUCCAUCCACUUGACAGGUGUGGCAUAUCAAGAAGCUGAUUAAACAGCAUUAUCCUUACACAGUACCUUGUGCCGGGGACAAUAAAAGGCCACUAAAAUGUGCAGUUUUGUCACACAACACAAUGCCACAGAUGUCUCAAGUUCUGAGGGAGCAUGCAAUUGGCAUGCUGACUGCAGGAAUGUCCACCAGAGCUGUUGCCAGAGAAUUGAAUGUUCAUUUCUCUACCAUAAGCCACCUCCAACGUCAUUUUAGAGAAUUUGGCAGUACAUCCAACCGGCCUCACAACCGCAGACCAUGUGUAACCACGCCAGCUCAAGACCUCCACAUCCGGCUUCACCUGUGGGAUUGUCUGACGAGGAGUAUUUCUGUCUGUAAUAAAGCCCUUUUGUGGGGAAAAACUCAUUCUGAUUGGCUCUGCCUGGCUCCCCAGUGGGUGGACCUGGCUCCCAAGUGGGUGGGCCUAUGCCCUCCCAGGCCCAUGGCUGCGCCCCUGACCAGUCAUGUGAAAUCCAUAGAUUUGGGCCUAAUGCAUUCAUUUCAAUUGACUGAUUUCCUUCUAUGAACUGUAACUCAGUAAAAUCUUGAAAUUGUUGCAUGUUGCGUUUAUAUGUUUUUUUUUUGUAUAUAUAUAUAUAUUAUUUUAAAUAUAUAUUUUCCUUCUUUAUUAUUUUCCCCUAACCCUACCACCCCUCCCCUAAUUGGUGUAAACUAAUGGACAACAAUAGUUAGGCUUCUACUUCCAGCUUAUAGAGUACAUACUAUAUCAAUUUUACAAACACAGUUAUCUUUUGUUUGUUUUUAGUCCCAUCCUUCAGGUUCCCUCAACCUCUUCCAUCUAUCUCUGAAGACCACCCAGUUUUGAUUUCUAGCUGCCCUAUAUUCUUCCACUGUGCUGUGAUGUUUCACAAAAUUUCAGAACCUUUCUAUUCUCAUAGUUUAUACAGAUUGUAAAUUAAAGAUAACAUUUUUUACUAAGAGUAUUAUUAUAUUAUUGAUCGAUUGACUAUGACUUUUCAAAUCACCCAGCAGUGCUAUUCGCAGAGUUAUCUCCAAGUAAAUGUCACAAUUUUCCAGCCAUUCCUGAACCUGUGACAAAAAACAAGCUACAUAUGGGCAGUACAAAAACAAGUGAUCUAAUGAUUCUAUCUCUUUGCAGCAAAAUCAGACUUUAUUAGUAUAAUAAGUAAUCCAGGAAUGUCACGUGUUAAUUGACACGAGCAAACUCGAUAAAAUAGCAACUCUACAGAGCACCAAUGGCUACAAUGAAUGGCUAAAUUACUUCCGGACCAUAAUGGUCCACAGAGCUCCUCCUCCUCCUCAACACUCUAUUAGGGUCAAUACAAAGUCCACCUACUGGUAAAACCUUAACUGUGUCAUGGUGUCAUUAUGGCCCUAUUCCCACUAUGAGAUAUGAAGGAGAGUCUGAGGAGCGGGGUGGCGAAAGAGAUAUCUACUUUUCAAUUCACAUUACAUCAUUACCUUACCUUUCAUUGUGGCUGGCAACACGACAUUCUUAGUCCGCAGCUCAAAUUGACCGUAAAUAUCACAGUAGCCAGUAAGCAUAAACUAUUCAACGAUGACAGAAACGUUAUUCUAAAACAUAUUACACUAUUGAAUAAUGCAACCAAACCAUAUUACACUCUUGAAUAAUGCAACAAUUCACAAGCAUGUAUGUGCAGACAAUUACAGGGUUUAGUUUCUUGUCUGUAGGAUACACUCAUUACAUUUUAGCUUCAAGACAAAAGCACAGAGUUGCUAUAACGGCAUGUCUUCAGUACCGUUAGCCUAUCAAAAAUGAACGAUUAACCCUCUUAUACGAAUAUAAAAGUACAGUAGGCCUACCUUACAACGUUACAACAAAAUGGCUAAAAAAUAAUGUAAAUGUAAACCAAGCUUAAUUUUUAUCAAUAUCAUGCAAAUCAUUACGUGGUCAAAUCCAUUUGCAACUGAAAACAUGGGUACCUAGGCCUUUUUAAUACCAAAUUAUUGACUGGAAUUAAUCAAUCAACACAAUAGUGAUGAUAUGCUGUAUGAGUAUAUUUUUAGUUACAGAUGCAAAGCCCUACACAAUGCAACCUUGCAUACAGCAAGCUCAGCCCUGUUAGUUUUUGUCCAAUCACGUUUUUCAUCUCUGUCUUGUAAGUCGCUCUGGAUAAGAGCGUCUGGUAAAUGAUGUAAAUGUAAAUGUAAAGGGUUUUAAUAUUUUCAUCCUCCCUAGGGCCAUGAUUUUUUUUUAAGGUAUGAUCUUAUUAGAAAAAGUUUCUGGUCCCAUCAUAGCCCAUAUAAGAGUUUUAUAGUUUUUUUUUUUACAGCUGAUUUGUGACUAUGUCAUACUCUGGGACCUGUGGUGCCACCUCUGACAUCACCACAUAAUUUUACAAAUGAAAAAGCAUAUCCUAUUUGUAUGAUCUAAUACAUAUAUAUAUAUAUAUAUAUAUAUAUAUAUAUAUAUAAUAUUUUUUGGGGGGGUACAUUUUACAUGUUUUUGAUGGUGGGGAUGGUCUUCCAUAGUUUUACGUGGCUCAGUGCAGCCGGCAGCUACUGUGACUAUUUCAGAAUAUAACAGGCUGUUACUGCAAUUUCAGGUAAAAACUCAAAACAAGUCUCAAAUAUUAGGAAAAAGUACAAUUUAUACUGGAGGAGUGUUGGCUCAACAAGACAAUUAUAUUUACACUGCCCUGCAUCAAGGGGGGCAACUGUCGGGUGAGUGUUGUGCGCAACCUCCGGGGGUAGUGGUCGAGACGUAGCAAGUAUGCAAGUUUACAUUUGAGUAAUAUGUGUAGCAGAUGAUAUUUUUACGAAGUUUAGUAAGCGUGAAGAGACUCCUUAAAAUGAACUGAGCUGUUGCAUUCAUUGAAUCUUAAUGUGCAAGCAAUAAGAAAAGCUAUAUUGUUGCAAUUGAAAAAUAUUCCAGCUCACAAUGGUUCGUGUUGACCUUACUUCUAAGAUAGGCUAUAGGCUAAGCCACCUGAAUAAAUCUGCAUACAAUGUGUUCUACCUUUUAUGAGAAAUGCCACCUCUCUCCCCCCCCCCCCCCCCUUUCUGUCCUGUCAGGGCCGUAUCCUGGACCGUCUGGGUCUGUGUCAUCAGGUCAGGUUCACCAGGUGGUUCAGAAGAAGGUUCCUGGUCCAUAUAAGACCAGUUCCCCCAGGGCUACGUGUGAAGGACCUGACCUUCUCUGAGGUGCCAGUUAGGGUGUAUGAGCCCACGACUGGCUCACUGGGCCUGAGGAGGGGCCUGGUGUAUUUCCAUGGAGGAGGAUGGGUGUUGGGCAGUUUGGGUAAUAAGAUCAGACAAAAAUUAUGUCUAGGUGAUAUACUCCGAGUCGAUAUUCAUGUAAUAAUAAGGAAUUCCCUUGACCAUGCCCACAAAUGAUUUCCCAUUGACCCCCAGUGUAAAUGAGCCAACUUCGUUGACAAUUUUUUGUUGUACAGAAAUACUGUAACAAAUCAUGCCGAAAAGCUGCUGUGUUGUUCAAUGUACAUGCAAUGCAAUGCAAUGCAAUGCUCCUACGUAUGGAAAUAAAGCCUGUGAGAAGAGCCCUGUAGCUUCAGGCUAUUCGGUGUGGGAAAUUGUUGGGAGCCAGUGUCCAAGUAGGCUACAUGUACAGUGCAUUCGGAAAGUAUUCAGACCCCUUGACUUUUUCUACAUUUUGUUACGUUACAGCCUUAUUCUAAAAUUGAUUAAUAUGAUUUUUUUCAUCAAUCUACACACAAUACCCCAUAAUGACAAAGCAAAAAUAGGAUUUUAGAAAUGUUUGCAAAUGUAUUAAAAAUAAAAAACAGAAAUACCUUAUUGCUAUGAGACUCAAAAUUGAGCUGAGGUGCAUCCUGUUUCCAUUGAUCAUCCUUGAGAUGUUUCUUCAACUUGAUUUAAGUCCACCUGUGGUAAAUUCAAUUGAUUGGAAAGGCACACACCAUGUCUAUAUAAGGUCCCACAGUUGACAGUGCAUGUCAGAGCAAAAACCAAGUCAUGAGGUCGAAGGAAUUGUCCGUAGAGCUCAGAGACAAGAUUGUGUCGAGGCACAGAUCUGGGGAAGGGUACCAAAAAAUGUCUGCAGCAUUGAAGGUCCCCAAGAACACAGUGGCCUCCAUCAUUCUUAAAUGGAAGAAGUUUUAAACUACCUAGACUCUUCCUAGACCUGGCCGCCCAGCCAAACUAAGCAAUCGGGGGAGAAGGGCUUUGGUCAGGGAGAUGACCAAGAACCCGAUGGUCACUUUGACAGGGCUCCAGAGUUCCUCUGUGGAGAUGGGAGAACCUUCCAGAAGGACAACCAUCUCUGCAGCACUCCACCAAUCAGGUCUUUAUGGUAGAGUGGCCAGACGGAAGCCACUCCUCAGUAAAAGGCACAUGGCAGCCCGCUUGGAGUUUGCCAAAAGGCACCUACAGGACUCAGACCAUGAAACAAGAUUCUCUGGUCUGAUGAAACUGAACUCUUUGGCCUGAAUGCCAAGCGCCAUGUCUGGAGGAAACCUGGCACCAUCCCUACGGUGAAGCAUGGUGGUGGCAGCAUCAUGCUGUGGGGAUGUUUUUCAGCAGCAAGGACUGGGAGACUAGUCAGGAUCGAGGUAAAGAUGAACGGAGCAAAGUACAGAGAGAUCCUUGAUGAAAACCUGCUCCAGAGCGCUCAUGACCUCUGACUGGGGCGAAGGUUCACCUUCCAACAGGACAACGACCCUAAGCACACAGCCAAGACAACGCAGGAGUGGCUUCGGGACAAGUCUCUGAAUGUCAUUGAGUGGCCCAGCCAGAGCCCGGACUUGAACCCAAUCGAACAUCUCUGGAGAGACAUGAAAAUAGCUGUGCAGCGACGCUCCCCAUCCAACCUGAGAGUUUGAGAGGAUCUGCAGAGAAGAAUGGGAGAAACUCCCCAAAUACAAGUGUGCCAAGCUUGUAGCCUCAUACACAAGAAGACUCAAGGUUGUAAUCACUGCCAAAGGUGCUUCUAUAAAGUACUGAGUAAAGGGUCUGAAUACUUAUGUAAAUGUAAUAUUUCUGGGUUUUUUUAAAAUAAAUUUGCUCAAAUUUAUAAAAACCUGUUUUUGCUUUGUCAUUAUGGGGUAUUGUGUGUAGAUUGAUGAGGGGGGGGGGGGACAAUUUAAUCAAUUUCAGAAUAAGGCUGUAACGUAACAAAAUGUGGUCUGAAUACUUUCCGAAUGCACUUUAGCUAGCUCUGUGUGUGGAAAACAUUUAAUGACAGGUAAGACGUUUAACUUGUUUAGUAUAGUCUGUUUGUAACUCCAUUCACUACUUGUAGCUGUAUCGUCAGUUUGUUUGUGUUUUUGUCUUGGCUAGCUUAAUGUUCUGGUCGGUAGCUAGCUAGCGCUCACUCAUGUGGCUGCUAGCACCGUCAUGAAAAGGGGCAUGAGGGAAGUGCUACAAUGUUACGUUUUUCUAAGUAGUGAGAAAGCUUGGGAGCAGGCAAUGUUGAAAAGUAGUCUUUAGACAUGUACUUUUCUUAACUGUAGUUUUGCAAUUGACUAAAACAAGCAGACAACAAGAAAAUUGUGUUUGAAAAAGGUAAGGUUUUUGCUGUGAGCCAAUGGGGUAACCUAGGUAACCACAGGUUGUUUUCCCCACAGGCGGGCAGGGUGUACCGACUGAGAGUAUUGCUUGUCUUACCAUAAGGUCCUGCAAAAUGUUAAUCCUCUGUUUACUAAAGUCUAAAACUAAUGUUCUGUUUAUCGUGAUUAGAUACUGCAGAUGACGUCUGCAGGCACAUUGCCAAGGAGGCUGAAACCACAGUGAUUUCUGUUGGGUAACUUUUACUUUCUGACUCACUGCCUCAACAUGUGAUUCCAAAGCAGAUUAAUACAGUGAAAAGGGCUGUGAAGCUGUCAAAGACUUGACAGGUUGCUCCUUUCUCCACCCUCUCAUGCCUUCUAGAUAUCGGCUUGCCCCUGAACAUCGGUACCCCAUUCAGCUGGAUGACUGUGAUGCUGCAACGUGCCACUUCCUGUCUGUGGCAGAGGCAGAGUUUGGGGUGGACCCAGGCAGAGUGGCAGUCGGGGGUGAUAGUGUUGGUGCAAACCUGGCAGCUGCACUAUGCCAACGUCUGGCCAAGAGAAAAGAUGGACAUCUGCUGUCUCCCUGUGCCCAGGUCCUCAUCUACCCAGCUCUGCAAAUGGCAGAUUUCAACCUGCCCUCGUACCAGCAGAAUCAUGCUGUGCCCAUAUUGUUCCGUGGCCGGAUGGCUUUCUACUUCCUGCAGUAUCUCAACGGGGACACGUCAGUGUGCCAGGACGUGCUGGAGGGGAACCACAUCCCUGCUGAGAUGAGGCUAGCUUUCAAGGAGUGGCUCUCCCCAGAACACCUCCCUCCUGAGUGCAGGGUGCGGGGCGACCUCCAGAAGGUACACUCAGCCUUAGACUACAGCGGAGAGGUGUACCACAUAAUCAAAGACGGUCUGGAUCCGGAGGUCUCCCCGCUCCUAGCGGAGGAUGCUGUUAUCCAUCUGACCCCGCCGGCCUUUAUCCUGACCUGUGAGUACGACGUGCUGAGGGAUGAUGGGAUCCUGUACAGGAAGAGGCUGCUGGAGCUGGGACUGGACGUCACCUGGCAUCAUGUUCCAGAUGGCUUCCAUGGACUCGUGGAUUUUUUCAAAGCGGGCUGGCUAACCUUCCCGUCUGCAACACGAGCUGUAGAUAGUAUUGUAAGCUAUGUAAAAACCCUUUGAGAAACACUAAAGUGAUUAAAUGGAUGUUGAAGUUUGAUCUGUGCGGAUUCAAAUGUUAUGUGGAUUAUUUAGAGAGGAAGUUUUUCAUGUUCCUGGAAAGUGACUUUGUUCUGUUUACAGUAAGGCAAAGCUAAUAAACACUUACACAGCUU